AUGAAGGAAAGGGGGCGGGGCUUCCAGGGGCAACUCCCCCAACCUCCAGCAACUCCCCCAACCUCCAGCAACUCCCCCUACCUCCAGCAACUCCCCCUACCUCCAGCAACUCCCCCUACCUCCAGCAACUCCCCUUACCUCCCCCGACAUUCAGCAACUCCCCAACCUCCCCCGACCUCCAGCAACUCCCCAACCUCCAGCAACUUCCCUUACCUUCUCCUACCUUCAGAAACUCGCCUAACUCCCCCUACCUCCAGCAACUCCCCUAACUCUCCCUACCUCCAGAAACUCCCCUACCUCCAGCAACUCCCCUUACCUCCUCCUACCUCCAGCAACUCCCCCUACCUCCAGCAACCUCCAGCAACUCCCCUAACUCCCCCUACCUCCAGCAACUCCCCUAACUCCAGCAACUCCCCUUACCUCCUCCUACCUCCAGCAACUCCCCCUACCUCCAGCAACCUCCACAACUCCCCUUACCUCCUCCUACCUCCAGCAACUCCCCCUACCUCCAGCAACUCCCCCUACCUCCAGCAACCUCCAGCAACUCCCCUAACUCCCCCUACCUCCAGCAACUCCCCCAACCUCCAGCAACUCCCCUACCUCCAGCAACUCCCCCUACCUCCAGCAACUCCCCUUACCUCCCCCGACCUUCAGCAACUCCCCAACCUCCAGCAACUCCCCCAACCUCCAGCAACUCCCCCAACCUCCAGCAACUCCCCUACCUCCAGCAACUCCCCUACCUCCAGCAACUCCCCUUACCUCCCCCGACCUUCAGCAACUCCCCCUACCUCCAGCAACUCCCCCUACCUCCAGCAACUCCCCAACCUCCAGCAACUUCCCUUACCUUCUCCUACCUUCAGAAACUCGCCUAACUCCCCCUACCUCCAGCAACUCCCCUUACCUCCUCCUACCUCCAGCAACUCCCCCUACCUCCAGCAACCUCCAGCAACUCCCCUAACUCCCCCUACCUCCAGCAACUCCCCUAACUCCAGCAACUCCCCUACCUCCCGCUACCUCCACAACUCCCCUAACUCUCCCUACCUCCAGCAACUCCCCUUACCUCCUCCUACCUCCAGCAACUCCCCCUACCUCCAGCAACUCCCCCUACCUCCCGCUACCUCCAGCAACUCCCCUAACUCCCCCUACCUCCAGCAACUCCCCUACCUCCCACUACCUCCAGCAACUCCCCUACCUCCAGCAACCUCCAGCAACUCCCCUAACUCCAGCAACUCCCCUAACUCCCGCUACCUCCACAACUCCCCAACCUCCAGCAACUUCCCUUACCUUCUCCUACCUUCAGAAACUCGCCUAACUCCCCCUACCUCCAGCAACUCCCCUAACUCUCCCUACCUCCAGAAACUCCCCUACCUCCAGCAACUCCCCUUACCUCCUCCUACCUCCAGCAACUCCCCCUACCUCCAGCAACCUCCAGCAACUCCCCUAACUCCCCCUACCUCCAGCAACUCCCCUAACUCCAGCAACUCCCCUACCUCCCGCUACCUCCACAACUCCCCUAACUCCAGCAACUCCCCUAACUCCCACUACCUCCAGCAACUCCCCUACCUCCAGCAACUCCCCUACCUCCCGCAACUCCCUUACCUCCCGCUACCUCCAGCAACUCCCCAUAACUCCCCUUACCUCCUCCUACCUCCAGCAACUCCCGUAACUCUCCCUACCUCCAGAAACUCCCCUAACGCUCCCUACCUCCAACAACUCCCCUACCUCCAUCACCUCCCCUUACCUCCUCCUACCUCCAGCAACUCCCCUUACCUCCAGCAACUCCCCUUACCUCCUCCUACCUCCAGCAACUCCCCCUACCUUCAGCAACUACCCCUAGCUCCAGCAACUCCCCCAAUUUCCAGUAACUCCCCUAACCUCCUUCUACCUCCAGCAACUCCACCCUACCUCCAGCAACUCCCCCCUACCUCCAGUAAAUUCUGUAAACAGAAUAAACCUCCAGUAAACACCUGUAAUACUUCAGUAUCCCACAACUCCUAUAACUGCAGUCACACUCAUAAUUCCUGUAACACCCCAACUCCCGUUAAUUCCAACUCCCCUGGCACCUGUAACUCCUCCGACUUCCAAAGUAAAGAAACAUAUUGAGAAAUUGGCUGUCUACAAACAUCAAUCCAUUAGCAACUUUCACCACCAUCUGUAUAUCUGUCUAUUUAUUCAUCCAUCUAUUUAUUCAUCUGUCUAUUUACUUGUCUAGACACAAUCAUACAUCUAAUACAUCAUGUUGUGCGAGUAUUGGUGUUAAGGGUCAUUCAUCUAUCUUGGUAAACCCUACAAAUGAAUAGACUAUAAACACAAAACCAAACUCAAACAAACUGAAAUCUAGUGUUGAUCAGAGCUUUAAUAAUCCUGCAUGUGUUAAACAUCAUGGUGUAUUGUGUAACCAAUUACUGUCACACACUGUGAUAGAGAUUAUAGUUAUUUAAUAUCUGAUCUAUUACAGCAGUGCUUGAAAGUUUGUGAACCCUUUAGAAUGUUCUAUAUUUCUGUAUAAAUAUGAUAUAAAACAUCAUCCGAUUUUCUCACAAGUCUUAAAAGCAGAUAAAGAGAAGCCAAAAAAAAAUAAGAAAAAUACUAUACUUGUUUACUUAUUUAUUGAGGAAAAUGAUCCAUUAUU